GGUGACCGGAAAACCGUGAGGCUCCGGCCGUUUUUUCUGUCCGCUUUUGGAUAAGAGUGUAGGAUAUCUGCUAUUCUGGAAUCCCUCUAUUGAAAUCCCUAACAAAAACCUAAUCAGUGAUUUAUUUAUUGAGAAGUUUUAGGCAGUUUUAUUUGGAUUAGUUUGUACAACGCAAAAUGGGAGGUGGAUUUAGAGUGCUUCAUCUUGUCAGACCGUUUCUUUCGUUUCUGCCCGAAGUUCAAAGUGCUGACAGGAAAGUUCCAUUCAGAGAGAAGGUAAUAUACACUGUGAUUUCUCUGUUCAUUUUCUUGGUGUGUAGUCAGCUCCCUCUUUAUGGGAUACACUCCACAACUGGUGCGGAUCCAUUCUAUUGGAUGCGUGUUAUUCUUGCCUCAAACCGAGGGACUGUCAUGGAGCUUGGUAUCACACCAAUUGUGACAUCUGGACUCGUUAUGCAACUCCUUGCUGGAUCAAAAAUUAUUGAGGUUGACAAUAAUGUCCGUGAGGACCGUGCACUCUUAAAUGGUGCACAGAAGUUGUUAGGAAUCUUGAUAGCUGUUGGUGAAGCAGUUGCAUAUGUUCUCUCUGGGAUGUAUGGUAGUGUUGGCCAACUGGGAGUGGGGAAUGCAAUCCUUAUCAUUGUCCAGCUCUGCUUUGCUGGGAUCAUUGUUAUAUGUUUGGAUGAACUUCUCCAAAAGGGAUAUGGUCUAGGAUCUGGAAUCUCCCUUUUCAUUGCAACCAACAUCUGUGAGAACAUAAUUUGGAAAGCAUUUAGUCCAACAACCAUUAAUAGUGGGCGUGGAGCUGAAUUUGAAGGUGCUGUCAUUGCUUUGUUCCAUCUGCUGAUCACUCGAACAGAUAAAGUUCGUGCGCUUCGGGAGGCUUUUUACCGGCAGAAUCUUCCUAACGUGACAAAUCUGCUUGCCACAGUCUUGAUAUUCCUGAUUGUUAUCUACUUCCAAGGGUUCCGUGUUGUUUUGCCUGUGAGGUCAAAGAAUGCUCGUGGGCAGCAGGGCUCUUACCCUAUCAAGCUGUUUUACACCUCUAACAUGCCCAUCAUUUUGCAGUCUGCUCUUGUCUCCAACCUGUACUUCAUCUCUCAGUUGCUAUACAGGAGGUACAGUGGAAAUUUCUUUGUGAAUCUUUUGGGCAAGUGGAAGGAGUCUGAAUAUUCCGGUGGUCAGUUUAUCCCUGUUGGUGGUAUUGCAUAUUAUAUCACUGCACCUUCCAGCUUGGCUGAUAUGGCUGCCAAUCCUUUCCACGCCUUGUUCUAUCUUGUGUUCAUGUUAUCUGCAUGUGCACUGUUCUCAAAAACUUGGAUUGAAGUUUCUGGCUCAUCUGCUAGAGAUGUUGCCAAGCAGCUCAAGGAACAACAAAUGGUUAUGCCCGGGCAUAGGGAGUCAAACUUACAAAAGGAGCUUAACCGAUACAUACCAACAGCUGCAGCGUUUGGUGGGAUUUGCAUUGGUGCAUUGACAGUGUUGGCGGAUUUUAUGGGGGCCAUUGGCUCAGGGACUGGAAUUCUUCUUGCAGUUACCAUCAUUUAUCAGUACUUUGAGACAUUCGAGAAGGAAAAAGCUAGCGAACUCGGUUUCUUUGGUUUCUAAACUUGACAUUUUCUUUUUUUGAUUUAAGGAAUGGUUUUUAGUGCAGACGAGCUCCCACGCAAUUUUGGUGAAACUGAGAGAUGUACUGUAUGUAGAGAUUCCUCUUACCACCAAAGUUCGGGUAGUGUUGUUUCUAAACAUUAUUAGAUGUUACAAAUCUCACACCUUUAAAGAUAUAUGUAAGUAGAGAAUUUUAGAUUCUGUGUAUUA